CAAUUGUUAGAUUCAAAUCAAUAUUAUAAACAGGUGUAUCGAUGGAAAUAAUCGAAACUAGUGCUUAAUAUUGAUGUGUUGUGAGUGCUUAAGUGAUAAAGGAAAAUGUGCAACAGUAUACAUUAAUAAACUGUCUGUGAAAACGUACAAAAAAAUUGGAAAUCAACUGAUUGUAUACUACAUUUACAUAUCUAAUGACUCAAUUUAUCAACUCGUUAUACCGGCGUCUUUGGAAGCUUCCUGCGGGUCGGUGACGAAGGAGUUUUAUCCGUUUCCGAGUCUGGAAAAUUAAUGGGUAUCUCGUGAAAUUUUCACUGCAUUUAUAUAGAAAGCACUAGUGAGAAUGGGUCAGAUGAAAGUUUCAAAGAUAUUGCCGCUUUAGAUAGCCCAAAGGAAUGGACAUAUACUAUGAGAAGAAGUAUGCAGGAAGUAGCUCCUCGUUUGUACUUGGGUCCUUACAGCUCUGCUAGUCGUCAAAAAUUACAGGAUCUCCAAGAACGAGGAAUAACACACAUUGUUUGUGUUAGACAAGACAUAGAGGCACAUUUUAUUAGACCUAAUUUUCCAGAUAAAUUCGAAUAUUUAGUGUUGAAUAUAGCCGAUACUGCUACGGAGAACAUUAUUCAGCAUUUUCGAACAGUCAAAGCUUUCAUAGAUAAAGGAUUGCAUUCCGGUGGUAGAGUACUAGUUCAUGGCAAUGCUGGAAUAUCUCGAUCAGCUGCUUUAGUCCUUGCUUACGUCAUGGAAACAUAUAGUUUGACUCCAACACGUGCUUAUGCAUUAGUUCAACAACGAAGAUUUUGUAUAAAUCCAAAUGAAGGUUUUAUGGCUCAACUACGUGAGUAUGAACCCAUUUAUCAAGCACAAAAUCAAUUGAAAAACGACCCAUUAACAUCAAGAGAAGAAAGCAAACGGAAAUGCCAUGAUAUAGAACGUCCAGAUGACAGAGCUGUUCUCAUGGAUAGUUGAUAAUUAUUUUACAAGUGAUCAAAGUUACCAAAAGACUUAUUAAUUAUAGAUUAAUUAAUCGGUAACAACAUUUGGGACUAAUUAAAAAUAUAAAAGCUGUUAAUUUACUUUCAUAGAUGCUUUUCAACAACUCAAUGAGUAUAUUAACAAAAUAUUGAAGUAUAAAUCACCAGAAAUAAUGUAAAAAGCUACUCUCGAAUGUAAAAUAAUCCAUAGUGGUAGUAUGGUGUGAAAGUAAUCGUCUAGCUCAAAAUUUUUGCAGUAUUGGAAUGUCGUGAAUUGAAAUAAUUGAUCGUUUACUUUCAUAAACAAAAAAAAAAUUCACUUGUACUAUAGUAUUAAUAUUAUUUUUACUUUCUGUUAGCAUCUAUAUAGUUACGUUUCAUUGAAUUCGUCUAAAAAUGUCGACUAGUCUGAUAAACUUCUUGCGUCAAAUUUCAGACAAUAUUAGUCGACAAUUAUGCAGUGUUGACUGACUCAUUAGCAUCUCUACCAUUUUUCACAAUAACCAUACCAAUGAUAAUAAUCACAGUUCCGUUUAUUACUGCUAUUACUAUUUCUCAUCAUUUUUAAUAUGCGAAAAAACAUUAAAUAAUAUUUACGUGAAGUAUGAAAUAAUAGAGGUAUUUCUCGUCACUAAAUUAACAUUAUUUA